CGCAGUCAUGAAACACCUGCAUCCAGGCAGACGGUGACUUCAGAUCCAUUCCCACAUCCCGCUCUCACAGGCAGACACGAGGGCAGAAAGAAUGUCUCCCUUUCUGGCUCUGGGGCUCCUGUUGGCUGGGAUCUGCAGUGUCCACUCCCUCCCGGAGAAUGUGAUGGUGAAGGACCAACGCAGAAGGGUGGAUGACCACACAUUAGCCUCCAGCAACACCGACUUCGCCUUCAGCCUCUACAAGCAGUUGGCUUUGGAGAACCCCAAUAAGAAUGUCAUCUUCUCCCCUCUGAGCAUCUCCAUAGCCUUGGCCUUCCUGUCCCUGGGGGCCCGUGGUCCCACCCUGACAGAGAUCCUGGAAGGACUCAAGUUCAACCUCACGGAGAUCCAGGAGAAAGAGAUCCACCAGGGCUUCCAGCACCUCCUGCAGACGCUCAAUCGACCCAGCAACCAGCUGCAGCUGAGCGUGGGAAACGCCAUGUUUGUGCAGGAGGAGCUGGAGCUGCUGGACAAGUUCAUAGAAGAUGCCCGGGUGCUGUAUUCCUCCGAGGCCUUCUCGACCAACUUCAGGGAUCCUGAAGCUGCCAAGAGUCUAAUAAACGAGUAUGUGAAGAAUAAAACCCAGGGGAAAAUUGAGGAGCUGUUCAAGUUCCUUUCCCCGAGAACAGUGUUGGUCCUGGUGAAUUACAUCUACUUUAAAGCCCAGUGGAAGACCCGCUUUGACCCCAAACACACUCAGCAGGCAGAGUUCCACGUGAGCGAGAACAAGACGGUGGAGGUGCCCAUGAUGACCCUUGGCCUGGAAACCCCUUACUUCCGGGACGAGGAGCUGGGCUGCACGCUGGUGGAGCUCACAUACACCAGCAAUGACAGUGCCCUCCUCAUCCUCCCCGACGAGGGCAAGAUGCAGGACCUGGAAGCCAAGCUGAACCCGGAGACCCUGACGAGGUGGCGAGGAUCCCUGCAGCCCAGUCGAAUACACGAACUCUGCCUGCCAAAAUUUUCCAUCAAGAGUGACUAUGAGCUGAAUGACAUCCUCUCCCAGCUGGGUAUUAGGAAAAUAUUCACCGACGCUGACCUGUCAGGGCUCACGGGGUCUGGGAACCUGGUAGUCUCCCAGGUGGUCCACAGCGCUGUGCUGGAUGUGGAUGAGGAGGGCACGGAAGGAGCUGCUGCAACGGGAAUCAGCAUAGAAAAAACGUCCUUUCGGAGAACCAUUGUGCGUUUCGACAGGCCCUUCCUGAUUGCCAUAGUUCUCAAAGACACCCAGAGCAUCAUCUUUCUGGGGAAAGUCACCAACCCCAGUCAAGCCUAGAGCUCCGCUCUGAGCUCUGGGUGCCCUCCCUAAGGAGUGAGGUGCCCAGGUCCCUGGGUGCAGCCUGGGCCCCGGGCACUGAGGAUGCACCCGGCCUGUCCCCACCUGCUCACCUCUGGGGAUGGGACAGUGAGUCUUCUGGGGGCUCCACAUGCACAGGGAGUCUGUGUCCUCUGGGUCACCUCUGCUGUGAGGCUGCACCCAUCACGGGAACUUGGCUUAUGACCUUUCAGAUGUCGUGAUGGCUACUUCAUUAUGGCUAGAGUGGUUUUAAAUGGUAAAUCUAUUUAAUAAUACAAAUUAAUAGAACUCUCCACUUUAAUGCAGCAUGAACAGAAAAGCUAAUAUGUGCUCAGCAGAUAGAAUAUUUGCAAAAUGUUCACUGUGGAGCAUCCACUUCACACUGAGGAUGCAAUAGGAAUUGGGUAACAAAGCACAGUCUCUCCCUCAAAGAUUUUUUUGUUUUCAUGGCAAAAUUCAGACAUUAGAAAAAUAGAGAGGAUGAUAUAACCUCACGUACAUAUCAGCAGCUUCAGUCAUUAUCAGCAUGGGGCCAAUAUAAUUAUUCCCUACCUCCUAGCCCCUUCCCUCUUUUGGGUUUGUUUUGUAGCAAAUCUUACACAUCCUGCUAUUCAAACUGUAAGAAUUUUUAAAAAUACUUAAAAUGGCAUAUCACACUUAAAAAUAAACAUAAUUCUUUAAUAUUAUCCAAUACCAAGUUAUUAUUCCCUUAUGUGGUGACUAAACUUAAUUUUUUUUUUCUGAAUUAGGAUGCAUUGUAAGAGACAAUAUCUAUGCGUGGCAUUUAAUUACUUUACCUCUAAGUGUCUCUCUCUGUAUUGAAGAGAAAUUUAUAGAACAAAAGUAGCCACUUUAACAUGUAAAAUUCAGCAGUGAUUAGCACAUUUACAUGCUGUACAACUAUCACUUCUUUUUAGUUUCUGACUGUUUUAAUCACCCCCAAAGGAAACCCCAUAUCCAUUAAGCUCUCACUGCCCAUUACAACUUUUCCCCAGGACCUGGUAACUCCUAAUAGAAAUUUUUCUAUCUCUGGAUUUAACAUCUCAAUAUUUUAUAUAAAGGGAAUGACACAAUAUGCGACCUUUGGUGACUGGCUUCAUUCCCUUAGCAUGAUACUUUCAAGAUUCAUCCACACUGCCUGUGUUUCGGUAUUUCAUUCCUUUUUCAUCUGGUGGCUCAGAUGGUAAAUAAUCUGCCUGCAGUGUGGGAGACCUGGGUUUGAUCCCUGGGUUGGGACGGUCUCCUGGAGGAGGAGGGCAUGGCAACCCACGGCAGUAUUCUUGCCUGGAGAAUCCCAGGGGCAGAGGGAGACUGGUGGGCUUCAGUCCAUGGGGUUGCAAAGAGUCGGACACAGUGAAGCAACUUAGCAGGCAUGCAUGCAAGGUCAUUCGACAUUUACCUCUUUGAAGAACCUCCAAACCUAUGUCCAGAGCAACUGUACCAUUUUACUUCUUCACCAGCAAUGUACAAGGGGUCCAAUUUCUCCUUAUUCUUGAAACAUAUGCUGUUGAUUUCCUAUUAGUAUUAUUAUUAUGAAUACAGCCUUCUUAGAUUUGAGUUAAUGUUUUCCUGCGGUUUUGAUUUCCCGGAGGAUGAAGGAUAGUGAGCUUGUGUUCAGUGCUUAGUAGUCACUUGUGUAUCUUCUUUGAAAAAAUGUCUAUUAAAGUCCUUUUUCCACUUUUUCAUUGGA